UUUUUCACAUAUCUUUAAUAUCCUUAUUGCAUUUUUGGCAGACUUUCAAAUUCUGAAGUAAAAUUGUUAUCGCCAUGUGAAAAGAUGAAUUUUCAAAACUACUAUAAUGUGAUGAAAAUAUCGAAUAAUUUCUUCUUGAGCUACUAAACCGCUAUGCCGCAGAUUGUGACGUCACUAACUACUUAUUCAUAUGACGUCAUUAAUCACUUCUUAUGGCAUCAUUAACUGCUGUAUGCGAAUGGUUUUGUGCUCUCACUAACGACGUGUAUCAUUCAUUCCAGAGCUGGCAUCAGGUUGGGGCGACAGUGAGAAUCUAAACUAAACAACGAGUGAGCAUACGAACUCUGAAGCGAACGCUCAGCACACUUGGUCUGAGGCGUCGUUUGGGCUGUAUAGAUCAUGAAAGAGUCAAAAGGGCUAUUCAGAAUGAGCUGCAAGGUAGUGGUACCUGUCUCGGCUACAGAAGCAUGACUGAACGCCUAAGAAAUGUUCAUGGUCUCAGAGUACCAAGGCAUUUGGUCAAGGAGAUACUGACGAUUGUCGACCCAGACAGAGUAUCUGCCCGAAGGACCCAACGUUUUUCAAGACGACUGUACAGUAACAAGGGACCCAAGUAUCUUGUACACAUAGAUGGCUACGACAAGAUUACACCAUUUGGUUUUGCUAUUCACGGCGCUAUUUGCGGCUUUUCAAGACGAAUACUAUGGCUCAAAGUUGGCAGAAGUAACAAAGAUCCAUAUGUUGUAGGUGACUAUUUCCUGCACUACGUGGAAAGUAUUGGAGGGGUUCCCCGCUCCAUAAGGAUGGACAGGGGGACUGAGAACGUAUUUAUUGAAGAUAUACAAAAAGCAAUGAGGUGGUCACACACGGAUGAUAUGGCUGGAGAAAACAGUGUCUUGUAUGGCAGUUCUCACAGAAAUCAGAGAAUAGAAAGAUGGUGGUUGUCCUUGAGACAAAAUGGUGCGGAUUACUGGAUCAACUUGUUCAAGGACAUGGAAUCUCAGGGCAUUGUAUCAGCUGACAACAACCUUCACAUGCACUGUUGAUUACAAGACUGAAGUUGACGCACGAGACAUCCACGCUAUUCAGUCAGUGUGCACCAUACCUCGCCCUUCGGGAUGUGAAGAAGAGUUCG